AUGUCCGCCGCAGCUGCCGGCUGGGGUCAGCCUCUCGCAACAAAAUCACCAGCGUCACGGCGAUCAUUAGGCCACUUCCGAUCUCUUUCUUCAAUCGCCUCAGCUCCCAGCUACCAUCCUCGAACUCCUUCGCUCACUCCCGACCACACACCGACCAAAUCGUCCUCCUCAAUACAUCUACCCAUAAGGAUACACGGUGCACCAACCGAUUUUGGAGAUGAGAUGAGCACCAUUCCCGAUCCUCGAAGUCGUGCCAUGAGCCCGGCCGUCGACAGCGGAACCGCGACCCCUACUCGUCACCCCGAUCUUAACGAUGAAGUCGCCACUCUUAGCAAUAAGCUCAUCAACGCAAUUAACCAUCAGACAACAUUGGACGACUCUUUAUCCGCCGCUCGCCACGAACUUGAUGCUGCGCGCGACCGCAUCCGCGCACUUGAAACUCAAAAUGCCUCACAACGCGAAAUGUUGACUGGUGACGUGUGGGUUCGGAAGCACACCGUCGAAGAAGAAAAGAAGGUUUGGCAGUCCAAAGUGGCGGCGGAACGCCAAAAGCGUGUCGAUAUGGAGAUGGAAAAGAAGAAGAUCGAACAAGAACUUGAAAAUCUCACAGCCGCAUUAUUCGAGGAGGCGAACAAGAUGGUGAUUGCUGCCAAGGAGGAAGCCAAGGCCGACCACGAGGUUCUACAGCGCAAGAAUGACCAACUCAAGUCGCAGCUCGCAGAUACUGAGAGUAUACUCAAAUCACAACAAGAGCAACUGGUAGAGCUUAAGCACGUUAUGGAGCAUAUGGCUUCUGAACAGAAUGAGCACACUAACCCUACUGCACCCUCUUCUCCUGGCUUAACGAAACCCGACACCCGAGACGACCGCCUCUCCUCAACAGAAGAACCAGCUCCUUCACUGUGGGGUACUGCUGUCGAGCCUGCCCACCCGACAAGCUUCUCCCACCUUAUUCAACCCAUCCUGCGGACAGACCUAUCCUCAUACGAUGAUUUUGUCAGUCUUACACGAGUUUCUCGAAAUCGCCCUGGUAGCCGUGUAUCCUCGGGCUCUGUCGGUGCUUUGAAUGCGUUGACUGGUUUUGGGCUUGGUGGUUCGCUGUCAAGUGCUCACCCCUCGAACGCGUCAACCACCUCUCUUGGUAUGCCUAUUCCUGGGCCAGGAAGCGCACCUCAGUCCCCCAACACACCGGCCUCAACUGUCAGCGCUACAUCAAAUGCUUCUGCCACCCCACUGCCAAGUUUGAGAGAGACAAAAUUCUACAAGCGAGUUCUGGCAGAGGAUAUCGAGCCAACCCUUCGUCUCGAUAUAGCACCGGGCUUAUCAUGGCUUGCUCGCCGAUCCGUUAUCGCCUCUAUUGCUGACGGAACCUUGGUUGUCGAACCUGUACCCACGACGGGCACUCUAGUGGCAUUGACAAAGCCACAGUUUUACCCAUGUUCACUCUGCGGUGAUGCACGCAAGGACCCUCAGUAUCUGCGAAACCAUAGGUUCCGAACAAGUGAGACAGAUUCUGCUCAACGACACCCCCUGUGCAAGUAUUGCCUGAUCCGCGUUCGUUCAACCUGCGACUUCUUGGGCUUCUUGCGCAUGAUCAAGGAUGGUCACUGGAGGGCGGAUAACGAAGACCACGAGAAGGCUGCUUGGGAGGAAAGCGUGAGACUUAGGGAGCAGAUGUUCUGGUCUCGUAUUGGAGGUGGUGUGAUUCCAAGCAUCCCAGCGCCCAUUUCCGUCGAUAUAGAAAAGAGCCCGCGCAACAGCCACGAUGGUAGUGCCACCUCAGAUCAUCUCGAAGUACCUGGCUUUCAAACACCACCCAUGACAAUGGAACGAACACGCAGCGAUACGAUGAGUAAGGAUGGCCCAAUCGAAGAACCACACACACCUCCCAUGCAGGUUGACGGAGCCUUGAGUGUGCGCAACUCGGUUCAAUCUCUUGAUGUGAAGAGUGCCUCUGGUUCGGAAGAAACGAAGCGACUAUCUAUUACGAUCCCAACCACAGAUUAA